CAUGGUACCGUAUGCCAGCUCUUGCGCGGAGCCCGUGACCACUGGCGCCGGAGUCGAGAGUGUCAACGGUUGUAAAAAAACUGGACUAAUUCAGGCCAAUAGCAGGUUGCUUAGGCUCCGCGAAAAAGGGCGCACCGGUGGCGAGACACCAUAUGGUCCUGCAGCGCUUUUUCGUGCUGCUCUGCGCCGUCGCUCGCCGCGCACGCGCCGCCGUCGCGUUCGUGACCCCGGCGAACACCGCGAACGCAGCGCCGGCGGCCGUCGCACUGCUACGAGUCCGCCGAUUCGUGCCAUCGUCGUCAGGUUUCUUCGUCGUCGCGCGGCCUUCUACGAUCACUUCGCUGAGGGCAUCGCAUCUGCGUCGCUUUUUUGACGGCGACGGGCCGCUCGACACGCUGGCCGUAGACGUAACACGCACAGAAAUGCUGGUCGCGCUCGCGCGGCUGCGGUCCUCCGCCCAAAUGAAAAGUUUUUUGCGCGGCGCCCCGUGGCCCCUGGAAAUGUUCUUCUGGGCGGUCGCGCCGCAGAAACUGGCCGAUCGGGGCUUCGAGCACACGGUCGCCCUCGACGCAGACGUGUUCGCCAUGGAUGGUCAGAUUAUUGACGUGUUGCCGACCGUCCGCGGGAUUGGGAUCGUGCGCAUCUUCCCAAAGGAAUGCUACACGGCGGCGAUGCCAGCUUCCAAGGCCCGGCUUCCGGCUUUCGUGCCGCCGCUCGUCGACGCCGUCAAAAUCGCUGCUGCGCCACACGCGUUCGCGCACCGCGACGGGACAAACUCGGGCGUAAUCGUGUUCAACAACUCGCGCAUGGUCGCGGUCGGCGCAGAAUGUCAAGGUGCAUUCUGCCGUUUAUUCUCGAGAGGAGGGCCACAUCUCUCGCUCGCCUCGUCCAAACCGUUGGCUGUGUACUGGCCGUGUUCCCCCUACUCGCGGGUUGCUUUCUACACAGGUCGAGGUCGACCUGCUUCGGUGGUGCCUCGACGCAGUCGUCGCUGCGAACGGCGCGGUGUACGGCGACCAGGACUUGCUCAAUUUGAUAAUCGGCCGGCGGGACAUCGACGUGCGUUACUUGCAUCCGCGGUUCAACGUCCAGCUCGCGUACCCGGCGCGCCAGAAGGACGCGUUCAUGGACCCACCCUGGUGCGGCUACGGGCAGGCCCAGUUCGUCGCCGCCGCCGCCGGAGGGGCGCUCAACUCGUCGUCGUUCGGCCACUUCAUAUGGACGCGCAAACCGUGGACGGCGCAGGUCGAUGGUGAGCUGCGCCGCAUCUACGGAGACUUAGCGCGGGGCGGGCGGACGGGCAUGCAGUACAUGGUCCUCGCGUCGCCCCCCUGGGUCAACGCGUGGCGCGACUUCGCCGUCGACGUGCUGGGCCCGGACACCUAUUCUGACCUCUUCAAACUCGACCCGGCGCGGCGCGUCGUCGACUUUACGCUUCUGAUGGCCAGCGGCCACGCGCGGUCGCCGCGACGAUGCAUCGGCGCGGGCGUGUCGAGCUGCGGCGCCGUCCGGCCGGAGACCGACGCGCCGUUUCCGGCGCCCUUCGCCGGCUUUUCUGACGUCCAGCGCGCGACACGGCGGAUCCCUCGGAUUGCGGAUGAUCCCACCCGCCGGACACUGGCUUAUUUCUAGUAGUACAGCGAUUGUGCUAUCAUGAUGAUCCUGUAGUUAGUACCUUUAUCUAGAUAUCUAGAGCUCCUCUCAGGUUCU